AUGAAGAUUCUUAAAUUUGAAAAUAAAGGAAAGGUUUACAAUGAAAUUACAAAAUGUACACCUUAUGCUAAAGAUAAGGAAACUCUAUAUAAAACAAAGUACUUAAAAAUACACUCAUUUUCUGUUGUUAUUGAUUGGUUAAAUAGUCUUUUAAUAUGCAGUAGAAUUUUGAAUGAAAAUAAUUUAUAUGAAGAAAUAAAAGAUGGCUUAAUAAUUUUAAGAUUAAUAAAAGUUUACAAUCCUGAAGUUGAGAUUCGAGGAAUUUUUAUUAAGGCAAUAAAAAAAAAAUGUGCUAUAAAAAAUUUAGAAAAGGCUUUAUCAAUAAUUUAUAUGAACAAUCCAUAUUAUUACUCUAUGGUAUCAUCAAUAGACAUUUAUGAAAAAAAAAAAAAAAAAGUCAACAUGUUACUUUUACAAUUGUUUGACAGGUUUGAAUUCCAAAAUUUAAAAAAAAUUUCCAUUCCAUUAUUAAAUUGGUAUAACCAUACACUCAAAAAAUUUUCGUUACCAUUAUCCCAUGAAACAAUGAAUGACCCUUUUAAUGUGUUAAAUAAUAAAAAUAAAAUUUAUUAUAAUAAUGAAAUAAACGAUAUAAGUUUUUCUAGAGAUCAUAAGGAUAAAAAUGAAAAAUAUCUUAACUAUUUGAAAAAACAAAAAAAAGUAUUCAAAACAUUUGCUUCUUAUGUAUUAUUUAAAGAUGAACAAGAAUGUAAUGAAAUGCCGCAUAUUGUUAACGAAUUCUCCGACUGUUUAAAAAUUUUAUUAAUAUUUUAUAGGUAUGGAUAUUUUACUAGAGAAGAAUUUAAAAAUAUAAAUAAUAUAGAUAUCAGAAAUAAUUUUUUUAUUUUACAAAGUUUGUUGAGAAAAUUAAAUAUACCGAUUAUUUUCAAUAAUGCAUACUUAAAUAACCCUUGUGAAAUUGCAAUUAUUUUACAGUUAAAAUAUAUACAAUAUUUCAUUCAUAAUAAUGGUUAUGAAAAGGCCAUUGAUUUAAAGAAGGAAAAUUACAAUGUUAACUUUUUAUUAAAUCAAAAAAAUAGAUUAACUAACAUAAAAUUAAAGGAUGUACUUGAUAAUAAUUUUAAAAGCAAAUAUAAUGAUUAUGAAAUAUUUGAUAAAAACUUUAAUUUAAAAACAUAUAUAAGAAAAGAUUUUGAAGAGAAUAAUAAACAAAAUAACCAAAAGAAUAAUAUUAAGUUACAGAAUAAAAAAAAGAAUAUAGAUGUAAACGUGGAAACAAAAACAGAUAUUGAAAAUAAUGAAACUAUGGAUGAAAACGAAAAAGGUCAAAAUGAGAUAAUUGGAGAUAAUAAAAGUAAAAUAGAUUAUAGCGAAACUGAAAGCAGUGGAAAAGAAAAUAGCGAAACUGAAAGAAGUGGAAAAGAAAAUAGCGAAACUGAAAGAAGUGGAAAAGAAAAUAGCGAAACCGAAAGCAGUGGAAAAGAAAAUAGCGAAACAGAAUUUUGUGUAAACAGAGGAAAUGAAAAGAAUAGUAGAAUAAUUAAAAACAUAAAAAAUCAAAAUGAACGUUUAACAAUUAAAACUAAUGAAAGAGAAAAUGAGAUAGAACAAAUUUCAAGUGAAGAAAAAAAAAAUAAGAAAACGUAUGAAACAAAGAAGGAAACUAAAAAGAAAAAUAAAGAAAUAAAUGAAUACAUAGAAAAGGAGAUAUUCAAAGAAACACCAAGAAAAGAAAUAAGAAAAAUAUUCUAUGAAAAAAUUAAGGAAUACAUGAAUGGUGAUAAGGCUAACAUAAAUGAAAGAAUAAAAUACAAAAUUAUAGAUUCUACAAAAAAAAAAGAUGAAGUAAUACAAGCUGAAACUAGAAAAAUGACAAAAUUCAAAGUAGAAAAUGACAAAAAAAAACAAAUAGAAAUUAAUCAUGAAAAUAUACCAUUAAAUAUCAAAGGUAAACAUCAUAUAGGAAAUAAACAAAAGGUAGAAAUUUUUAAAAAUAAUAAAUAUAUAACAAUAAAUAAAGAUGAAAAAAAAGAAAAAAUAACAUUAAAAUUAGAAAAUAAAAGUGUCCCUAUUAAAAAGCCACUAAAUUUAAUAGAUGACUAUCGUAGUAAAAUAAAACAAAAUAAUCAGAAGAAUUUUCUAAAAAAUGAUGCACACAAAGAUAAGAAAAAUGAAACAAUUUUAAGUAAAUAA